AUGUUUCCUUCUGAAGGGGAUAUCGCUCGCGCCUUCGCCUCCCAAAGCCCUCUGGGCCAGUCUCAGCAGACCCAACAGCCGGAAGCUGCGGGCUUGAAGAGACGCCAGCCGUUCCCCGCCUGGAACGUUGUCGAGGACAUCGAAAAGAAGGCCGAUGCUAUCGCUAAGGAAGCGAGCCGAGAGUUCGAAGUUGCGAGUCAGAAAGCUCAAGCCAAGACCGGCAAGAUCGAGCCAUGGACUCCUAAGUACUAUGCUGCUUGCACGGUUGGAGGAAUGCUUGCUUGCGGUCUCACCCACACCGCUGUGACGCCUCUGGAUUUGAUCAAAUGCCGCCGUCAGGUCGAUCCUCUGCUGUACAAGAGUAAUGCAGAGGCAUUCCGUACAAUUCGCGGUGCAGAGGGUCUCCGCGGAGUUUUCACCGGUUGGGGUCCCACUUUCUUUGGAUACAGUGCCCAAGGAGCGUUCAAAUAUGGUGGUUAUGAGUUCUUCAAGAAGUUUUACAGCGACCUUGUCGGGGUUGAGAACGCAGCACGGUGGAAGACUUCUCUGUACUUGACCGCCAGUGCGUCGGCGGAGCUUAUCGCUGAUGUCGCCCUGUGUCCGUUCGAGGCCGUCAAGGUGCGCAUGCAGACGACUAUCCCACCUGAUAUUCGAUCAACAUUUACUGGUAUCUCUAGCGUGGUUAAUAAAGAAGGUGUGGCCGGCCUGUACAAGGGUCUCUACCCUCUCUGGGGUCGACAGAUCCCUUACACCAUGAUGAAGUUUGCGUCUUUCGAAACGAUUGUCGAGAUGAUCUAUAACUCCCUGCCGGGUCAAAAGUCUGACUACAACAAGGGUGCGCAGACCGCCGUUGCCUUCACCGGUGGUUACCUGGCUGGUAUCCUUUGCGCCGUCGUGUCGCACCCAGCAGAUGUCAUGGUCAGUAAGUUGAAUGCGAACCGUCAGGCCGGGGAGGCAUUUGGAGCAGCGAUGAGCCGGAUCUACAAGGACAUUGGCUUUGGAGGUCUCUGGAACGGUCUUCCCGUCCGUAUCGUCAUGAUCGGCACCUUGGUAAGUGCAUCGGUAUCUGUUUCUCAGAUCAUGACUGACUUGGUAUCUCCUCUAGACCGGACUGCAGUGGAUGAUGUAUGUGUUACUUCAGAUAUCCAGUAUGCCCCUCUCGAUAGACAGCGGCUGACGUUUUGCAGUUACGAUUCGUUCAAGAUCUUCAUGGGUCUUCCCACGACUGGCGGUGGCCCUCCUGCAGAGAAGAAGUAA